AUGGAUAUGCCAGGCGGCGCUUCGCUCCGCGCACCAAACAGCUGUAGACAGACAGACCGCGAACCCACUCUCUCGAACCUCCCUCUGGAGAUGAGAGACGCCAUCUACGACCAUGCCGUCACACCUUCACAGUGCACAUGCUGCAGGCUCGUGCGCCUCAACACUAGCGACGGCACACCCCUCGACCACAUCCCCGCAUACAGUGCCAAUCAAACGGCCAGAAAGUUCGAGCUGCCCAACCUUGCACUUGUCAACUCCCAAUUCCAUAAAGAGGUGAUGUGUCACGUCUUCCUCAAGAACAACGUCUACGCCACGGUCUUCAACCUGUCGGAAGAUGUCAAUGCGAUUCUGCGACAGAUCUAUGCUGGCGGCCAAGAGGCCGCGGGAAAGAUCAAGAAACUGUAUUUAUUAUACAGCAAGAAGCAGCACUAUCGCGAAAUCAUGAAGACGCUGGUGCCGCAGCUGGCAGAAGCCGGCGUGCGAACCAAGAAAGACGACGAAGUGGUCGUUGUGAGUCGAAUCAUGCAGUCAAGCAUGGUGCCAGACUAUGAAGGACCUCGAUACUCCCGCAGGGUGGCGCGCUUGCCGGGCUGUCAGUGCGAGUUCUGUAUCUUGCAGUUCUUGCACGAUAUGCGCUGA